AUGAUUCAUGCCUACUGGCUGAAGAAGCUGACAGCACUCCGUGAGCAUCUGGCAGCACAAAUGAACCAGCUGCUUCUGGGACCUCCAGCUGCCUAUGGCUGUAGGAGGCCACCAUCUAUUUCAGAUGGCGACAUCAAAACAAGUGCUAAAUACCAUUACCAACAUAAAGAAAGGGUUGAGUAUAUCUGUCAGCAAUACUACACCAUGGAGGGUGAACCGUUCAAAACCUGUAUCAAUGGUGAAUGGACUGGAGAGAUUAGAUGCCACCAGAACUGUAGAGUCCCUGAAGUACCAGCCAGUCUAAGAAUCACCACAGAUGUAACAGGCAAUCAAAUAAGAAAAGGACAACAUCUAACAUUUGCUUGUGAAGACAGUAGCCACGUCAUCAAAGGGAAUGCAACGAUUGAAUGUUUGGAAAAUGGACAAUGGAGCAAUCCUCUUCCCACAUGUGAAGCUGCCCAGGGUUGUGGGAAGCCACCGCCUCUUUCAGAUGGAGACACCAAAAGAAGUACCAAAUACCGGUACCAACAUAAUGAACAGGUUGAAUAUAUCUGUCAGCGUUACUACAUCAUGGAGGGUGGACCGUUCAAAACUUGUAAAGACGGUGAAUGGACUGGAGAGAUUAGAUGCCUCCGGCCCUGCACUGUGAAUAGAGAAGACAUGAACAGACAUAAUAUUCAGUUCAGAUAUUCAAGAGAUGAUAAACUGUAUUCAGAACACGGUGAUACAAUCUUGUUUGUGUGUACCAGAGGAAGCCCUGUUGGGACAGUGGAAAUGCGUCAGACAUGUGAAAAUGGUUUGAUAUAUUUGCCAACUUGCCAGUAA